GCUUCGUGUUCGGAACGAGUAAAGGCAGAAGGAACGUCUUGCUUAUGGUUUCUCGAAGAUUUUUCACUUGUUAUUUCAUUGUUGUUUUUUAAAACGGCAUAUGGUGUAAGGUAAUACUUCAGUUCAACGUGGAUACCAGUUGCACAAAUCAGUCCACUGAAAGAUGGAAGAAGUUUAUGAUGAAAUUACAGACUAUCUGUGCUCUUACUACAUAAAGGAGGAAGAGGAAGGACUCCAGCAAUACAUCCUCAAGACCACAGUUAUCAAAAAGGAUGAAAGAAACAAAGUUCAAGUGUUAUCUGUUGGAGAACCCAGUGACAGACCCACCAAGUGUAUACUCCUACUUGGGGAAUCGGGUGCAGGAAAGACAACUAUCGUUAGUGCUAUGGUCAAUUACUUGUUUGGUGUGAAGUAUGACAAUAAUUUCAGGCUGAAAGUUGAAGAUCAGCUAGAAGAUGAUAGCAGAAGGCAAACGGAAAGUCAGACAGAUUAUAUCACUGUCUAUUUGUUAUACCAUCAUGAAGAAAUGGCAUUUGAGUUUAGUCUCAUGAUUGUAGAUACACCAGGUCUGGCAGACACUAGGGGCCUGCAGCAACAAAACAGUGUUAAGAAUCACCUGGAGGCAUUUCUAACAAGUGAUUAUGGUAUUGAUGAUCUUAGCUGCAUUGGGUUAGUUGCUAAAGCCAACACAAAUAGAGAUUUUGUGUUCCAAAAAGAAUUACUGAGUGAUAUCAUAUCUUUACUUGGAAAUAAUGUACCAAACAUUACACAUUUAUUUGCCACUUUUGCUGUAGAGAAACCCAUGGUUGACCAAAUUGUCCGAAAUGCAGGUGUAAAAUUCACUAGUAUGUUUGAGUUUGAUAAUGGGGUUCUGUUUGCUUCACCAAGAAAGGGAUGUAGCACUCAGAAGAGAGACCAUGUAAUGAUUUCAUACAGAUGGGAAAACAUGAUAGAACAGUACCAGACCUUUUUUGAUGUUCUUGUUCAUACACCUCCUGUUAAUGUUAAGAUAUUGCGUGAAAAGAAGUUCUUGGAUAAGUCAGCAGCUUCAUUAAAGCUGCAAGUAGAAGAGUUAGGGAAGUUACUUACGGCACUAGAGGAAAAUAGGAAAAUGCUUAUCAAAUAUGAAUUACAAGAAGCAAGAAAUAAAAACUGGCGUCAUGAAAGAAGAUUAAAGAGAAAGAGCAGGGUGAAGGUAGAGGAUGGGUAUCAUGCCCAUAAUUGUCCUGAGUGUAACCAGACAUGCAUAUUCCCCUGUCCAUCUAUGAAAGAAAACAAUGCCAGCAUGAUUGGUGGAGUGGCAGGUGUUCUGGGUGGAUCUGCUGCUGGUGCUGCAGCUGCACAAGCAACUGCUACAGCAGCAGCCAGAGCUGCUGCAUCAUCUGGGUAUGCAGUGACUAUUGGAAGCUGGGUAACCAGAGCCCUUGGAGGUGCUGCUGUAACUGCUAGUGAGGUUGGUGCUGUGGGAGGCAUUCCUGGUGUUGUUGUAGGGGGCAUGGUGGGUGUGACUAUAGGUGCAGUUGCUGGGGCAUGUUGUGGAAAGAUGUUAUCCGGUGCAUCAUGUAUUCAACCUGGGCGGGGAGAUGUGUGUGGAGAAAAAGGGUGUUUACACUCUCUGUCUGUACAUGUAAAGGAAGAUGAACGAAUUAUGGAAUAUGAGGAUAUAGAAAUAGAUAUUGAUGAAUAUUCCAAAGAACUCCAUGACAUAGCUGUUUCAAAAAAAAAUGAUGCUAUGGCUAAAAUUGUAAGUGGUGGCCAGAAAAUUUUAGUUUGUAAGAAAAUGGUAAGUCAUUUUAUGCUCAAAUUGUUAUUCCAUGGCAAGACCGUAUGCGAGUUGACUGAAGGUUUAGAAGUUGUUAAUCCCAUUGAAAUCUUGGAAAAACUAAUUGCUGAAGUUAGGUUAGGGAAACCUGAUCACAUCCAUCAUGCAAUAGCUGUCCUUCAGGUAAUGAAAAAGGCAGUAAAGACACUAGAGUCAUGUCCAACCAAAGAAAUUUGUGAUCAGUGUGAUGUGAUAAUGAGUUUGCUUGAAUGUGUACCCUAGAAUGCAUCUUUCUUAUUCAUGGAAUUUACUGUUAUGUGGAAUCUAUUUUGAAAAUCAUAUGAAGUUAAAACAUAAAAUAUGAGUGUGAAAUUUGUUUUUGAAAUACAUUUGAUUUUAGAUGUGUUUGUUUAUGUGUGGGUUAUUUCAUGUGAUUUGAACUUGUUACUUUUGUGUAAGUCUGAGUUUUCUAUUUUCGUGUUUAAAAAUGAACUGGUUAUGUGUUACAAGGACUAUUGUAGAACCUUCUAUAAGAUAAGUGGCUUCAUCAUAGGCAGUAUUUAAUCCUUAAUGACAGUAGUAAUUAGGCAUAUACUCAAUAAGUAGAGACCUACUUCAUUCCAAAUUGAAGUAUAUAGAUACUUGUAGGUAUGAGUCUAGGGUUAUGGUCUUGUAAAUGCUUAUUCUUAUGCAUUUUUACAGAUGCAAUAAAUUGAUACAUAUAUAUUUAUAUUCCUGUGCAUACAUAUAUGCACAUACUCUUGUAUGCAUGCAUGUGCUUGUUACAUAUAUAUUCAGAAUAUAUAUAAUAAUGAAGUGAAAUAUUUAAUAAGGCAGCUGUAAUAUGUUGUAAGUGUAUAUGAAAAAAAAGAGGUUGAACUGAACAGAAUGAGAGAGAGUUUGUGGAUGAGAGUCAGAAUGUGAAAUGGAGUGUUUAUGAAACUAAUAUUGACAUUGAUACUGCCAUUAAGACCUGCACAGAAGAUUAUUGAGAUAUGAAAACCAUUUAUUUAGUAUCUUUAUUAACAUAUAUAUAUAUAUUAUUAACAUGUUGGAUCUGGGUGCCCUACAGCGUGUGUGGACCAAAACCCUGGCAAUAGGAUUCCUUGAGUCGUGGCUCUCCUAGGUGUGUUGUGUGAGGGCAGUCUUAUGCAGUAUCAAGACUGCUUUCCUCCUCUAUGCAAUGCUAUUAGCCCCUUUUCUCUGCUGACACUUUUUUGCUCUAUUGCCAUUUUCUAUAUUUGCUAUGCUGUAGCAAGAAGAUAAUACUUUUUUUAUUGAGCACACUCCAUAUUAUCUCACCAGGUAGUUUACAUUCAUUGCAAUAGCAGUAACAAUAUGGUACAUUGUUAUUUUCUUUAAAAUAUUUUUGUAUUUUUAUAUAUUUUGUAUUAAAUUUUCUGUAACAGACCCUACACUGCGGGAACAGGCUUGGAUAGGUUCCUGCACAUGAAUAUAGUGUACUCUCAUGAGACAACCUGGCUGACAAAUGAACCAGUGGAAAGCUUGCAGAAAGUUGUGAGUGAGCCCCAUCCUGACCUGCAGAGUCAGUCUCACUCCAGCUGAUCUGUGUACUCAUGAUGAGACCUCCCUAAUAUCUGACACUUGGCAAAAAAUUCCUGCGUCAAGAUGUUACCGUCACCUGCCCCACAACUAGAUUUUUUCUGCGACUUAAUCUGCCUGUCACCUACUCAUUGGCCAAAUUUUAUCCUUGAUGAGAUGUUCCUGCUUUUUUCAUUGCGAAGUGUCUGUGUCACUUGAAUCCAACAGGUUAAUAUGAGGUGUCACAACUGACAAUAUGUUUAUAUUUGACGAUAUGUUUAAAUACAUGUACGAAUGUGCGCCCCCCCCCCCCACACACGUAUAUAAGUAUCUAUGUUUAUGUAUGUAUGUAUAUACAUGCAUGUAUAUGUUUAUUCAUGUAUAUACAUGCAUAUAUAAGUAUGUAUGGUUAUGUAUGUAUGUAUAUGUAUGCAUGUAUGUGUGAAUAUAUAUAUAUUUAUAUAUGUAUGUAUUUGUAUAAUUGUGAAUAUGGAUAUAUAUGUAUAAUUAUGAGAAUACAAGAAGAGAGACUUGUAUUGUAUUAUGCUGCCUUACACACACCAAGAAAGAAAUCUUGUGUAAUUUCCUGUGACAGUUCAUUGUAAUAUCUAGUUAUCAGAAGCUUUAUAAACGAGAAGUAUUUGUGUAAUAUAUACAUUUUUCUGUGAUAAUAACAUACACUUUGAAAUUUCUUGGCAUCCUCUCACUGUUAGUGAAAUAUAUUAUAAUAGGUGAUAUUAGUUAUCAUACCUGCUAUGUAGGUCCUUCAAAUAGUAUGUGUUUUUUUCAUAUAUAUUUCUUGUAAAACUAUGCAAAUGGCUUACUACUUAAUGCAAAUAUACAAAAAUAUUUGGUUUUGCUGGCUUACUAUAUUAGAAAGAAAGAAUAAACAAGUGUAUGAAUGGCUGUUUUAAUUACCUAAGUGGAAGAGCAAUAAUGAAGGAAAAUAAAGAAAAUAAAUUGAAAUAAAAAAAUACCCCAGACUAGAGGUCUGAUGCAUCUCUACACAUAGAAAUCAAAUUAAAUUAAAUAUACAGUCAGUAACUCAAAUAUACUCUUGGUUUUGAGAGAAAAAGAGGACACGUUUUGUUGUUUAUUGAAAACAUUACAUUAAAGUUUAUACCUUGCUUCAUACUAUACUAUGUACAUUAAUGAUUUUCUAGUAUACAUAAGCAUAAUUCAAGUAUAAAAUAUUCUGUGCAUUUCUUAUCUACACUAAAAGUUGUUAAUAUAGCCCCAUUUAGAAAGUAUUUUAAAUAAAGAUGUUAACCUAACUGAAAGUUAAGAUAAGUUUUGGUAAAUAUUUUUAAUAUUGUUUUUGACUGACAACAGAGUAGAAGAGCACAGUUAUAU